AUGAGAUCUGACACGCGACACGCGCCUAAGCGUGACCAAAAAGGUCGAAGAUGGCUCUUUCGAAGACGCUUGGCUGCCCUCGACCUGGACUCAAGUGAUUCCUUUGACUGCUUCGAUGCGAUCGGGCACGGCGUGUACCAGCAGCGCCUACUCUUUCUCAGUUUCGUCCUUUCAUUCCUCGUGCACGUCAACGUACUGUCCUUCUAUCUCAUAUCGGGAUACGUAGACCACUGGUGUCGGCCGCCGCCUGACUGGACUAUGUCCGUCGCCACCUGGAGAAACUCAGCCAUCCCGCUGGAGGCGGACGGCAGUCCCAGCCAGUGCACCGUCUACAAGAAUCCAGUCGACCCGAACGACACCGACGUGGUCGCUUGCGAUCACUGGGACUACGAUCCGAAGAACGAGAAAAAGACCAUCGUGAGCACCUGGAACCUGGUAUGCCAUCGGCGUCCUCUGAUCGCGGUCAUACAGCUCGUGUACAUCACCGGUUCCGUCGUGCUGCCCAGUAUUGCCGGCUACCUGGCGGACAGCGUCGGCCGCCGGCCCUUGCUCCUGAUGUUCACCGCCGCGCUCAUUGUGGGGACGUGCGGCGGCUGCUUUGCCGACACGUACGUCGUGUACGUGGCGAUCAGGUUCGUCAUCUCCGGCUGUUCGGGCGCCGCUGCCCUGGUGUCCUGCAUGCUCGCGUUCGAGGUGACCAGACACGAGUACCGAACGACGUAG